AUGAGCAGCAGUAAUGAAGCCUUCACCCUGUCAGUCGACAUGCAGGCCAAUUUCAACGGGCCAAUAUUCGACCUGUCCGGCAACGCGCCCUUCGAGAUAUUCCUCAACAUAAGAAAGAACAAGCUCUUGGAGACCAGGCUCGAUGCACGCCACCUGACCAUCCUAAGGACCGGUUCCAUCUUCUACCUCCGGGCUGCCCUGAGAAAGGAUCUCAUACAACUGACAGACGAGACCCGGGGUGUGAGAGUCAGACUUGCCGCCCAAGAUCAAGAGAUAACAGGGGAAGGCCCUCAGGUGGAUAUGUCCCGCGUCUCCGAGGACUCGUUCAUCACACUGCCCAUAGACUUCAGCAAACCAAGGGGCACGCUGCUAUCGGUUGCUCUCGAUGCCGCUGCUUGUCUACGAGACGUGGUAGAGGUAGGUCAUCAAUACCGACUCGAGUUCCGAGACAAGAACCUGGGCGUGCAAUGGUGGAGCUGGGGCUCACCAGAGAGCCUGUUCCCGGAUGGCAUACCAGCACGUCUCCCACCCGGCGAGCCCGCCACGAUGAUGGCUGGCCGGGUAUGCUCGCGGAGGUUCAGGGUGGUUCCCUACGUCGCUUUGCCGCCGAAGCUGGAUAUCAGACUCUCACUCACUGGAACUGAAUUGGACCCUAUAUCCUCACAGCAGUCAAAGGCAACUCCAUCAUCACCACCAACCGCAUCAACAACAGCAAGCCCAACACCAAUACCAACCCCAUCCCUAAAACUCACCAUCAAAAACCCGCACCCCUUCCCCCUAACCCUCCAAACCCACCUCCACCAACCCUACCUCUCCCCACCCCUCACACCCCCAAACCCCUACCCCCGCAUCCUCGCCCCGGGACCCCUCAACCUGCGCAACUUUAGCAUCGUCAACACCACCACCGCCGAAGAUCUAAUCCGCGAGUCCUGGACCUGCAUCCUCACUAGUGGCAACGCCCCCCGGCGGCGCUCGCAGUUCCUGACGCUGAGCCCGGGGGAGGAGGUCGUGCGGUUGGGCGGCUUGCCGGUGCAGAGGGUGGUGCCUGGGACGGAGUACAGGAUUAGACUGAGGUCGGUAGGGUGUUGGUGGAUGAAGGGGACGCUGGAUGAGCUGUUUGGGGAGGGGAAGGGGGUUUUGGAGGUUAAGACGCAGGUGGGGAGGGGGCGGACGCUGCCUUUGAUGUUGGAGUGUGAGGAUGAGGUGUUCUUUACUCCCGGCGGUAGUGAUGAGGAGAGUGAUGGUGAGGUGGUGUUUACGCCGGGGACUUCAGUGAUGGGGAGGCUUGACAGUGGUUGCUGGUCUGGGUCAUGA